AUGAUCACAAGAGUGACUCAUGUACUACCCUAUCUGCCGCAGUUAGUCUUUUUCGGCGCGUCGGUUUGGAACACGGAGUCCAUGUACGACUAUGUACAAAUGAUGAAUCAUGUUCCAUUUCAUCCAUUAUUUAAUCAUCAUAUGAGACAUACAAUGCAUCCAAGUAACAACUACUUUCUUCAUGGCUGUAGCCGCCUGAACACACCAUUGGCAGCCACCACCACACUGGAGGAUCCAGGUACGCCAGCCUCUUGGAAGGGCCCGCCGCCCGGUUCGGAGGCAUCGCCCUUUACACCUAAUUCCGUCGGCCAGGGCGGUGGUCCUGGUUCAGGUCCAUAUAAUAGUACAGGCGGUCCACCCAGUAAUGCGGGCUUCCAAGGGCCAAGUCCAUUUCCCGGCAGCGCCGGCAGUCCAGCCGGAGCACCGCCGUAUCAGGGUCCGCCGCCCGGUUCAGCAACACCACAGUACACCGCCUCUCCUGCACCGAGCGGUUCGUCGACACCCGGUCCUGGACCGCCGCCUAAUUCCACCGGUUUUCCGCCACCUCCGAACAACUCCGGGCCGCCGUACAAUGGCCCUGGACCCAGUCCGUUCGGCUCACCUUCAGGUGCACCGCCGCAGUUCGUCGGUCGACCCGGUUCCUCGGGACCGCCAUUUGUACCACCAGGUGCCGGUAAUCCGCACUUCCCGUCGCAUGGUCAGCCGUUCGGUGGCCCGCAGUAUGGUAUACCACCAGGAAGCCCGUUCGGACCUGGAGGACAUCCUAUGGCGGGACCCAUGGGUCCAGGACAUCCGGCGAUAAUGGGACCCGGCGGACCUGUCGACAGAUUGGAUCAAGGGUAA